AUGGACUUAAAAAAACUCGUUGCUGAAAAUGAAGACGUUUUUGAAAAUAUGAAAAGUCUUUUUACAAUGAAAUUUGAUCCAGUUGCUGACGAACUAGAAACAUACAAUGGCGUCGAAAUGCAGGCGGUUUUUAAACCUUAUUUCGCGAAGUACGCAUACGAGAAUUAUAACCCCAAGGAAAACGACGUAUUACUUGUGACCUACCCAAAAUGCGGCACAAAUUGGACAGCAGAAAUGUUGGCCGAAUUAAUGUAUACUGAAGAAGAAAAGGAAUUUUGGAAAUCUUUUUUGGCAUUGGCGAUUCUCGAAUCUGGACCAACAAUUCAGAAGUACGAAAUACUGAAUCAGAUUAAAACACGGAAUUAUUUGAUAAGUCACCAGCCAGCUAUGAAUAUUAACAUUGAGAAGUAUUUGAAGAAUAAAGCAAAGAUAGUGUUCGUAUACCGUAACCCAAAAGACGUUGCAGUUUCAUUUUUCCAUUUUCAAAAGAAAAUCGCACCCCCUCAGUUUCGAUGUGACGAUUGGAACGAAUACGUUAAAAUGUUCAUGGAAUGUGAGUAUGAUAUAGCCUGGCUUAUAUAG